AUGGGGCUCCCUGACGUCCAGCCCCAGCUGGUGCUGCUGUGGGCACUGGUGUGGGCACAGGGGGCAGGGUCUGCAUGUCCCUCCUGCGGAGGCCCCACGCCGGCGCCCCAGGCAGAACGAGCUCUGGUCCUGGAGCUAGCCAAGCAGCAGAUCUUGGAGGGGCUGCACCUGACCAGUCGUCCCAGAAUAACUCACCCUCCACCCCAGGCGGCGCUGGCCAGAGCCCUCCGGAGACUGCAGCCAGGAAGUGUGGCUCCAGCAAAUGGGGAGGAGGUCAUCAGCUUUGCUACCAUCACAGGUCCCUCCACCUCAGCCUGCAGCUCCGUGCUCACCUUCCACCUGUCCACAGCCCAGUCCCACCACCUGUACCACGCUCGCCUCUGGCUGCACGUGUUCCCCACCCUUCCUGGCACUCUUUACUUGAGGAUCUUCCGAUGGAGUCCAGGCAGCGGGCACCAAGGGUCGCGCACCCUCCUGGCGGAGCACCAGACCACAGCCCCGGGCUGGCACGCCCUCACUCUGUCCUCUAGCGGCUUGAGGGGUGAGGAGUCCCCUGUCCUGAAACUCCAGCUGAACUGCAGACUCCUAGAAGGCAACACCACCUCUGCCCAACAGCCUCGGCAGCUCCUGGACACGGCGGGAGACCAGCGGCCCUUCCUGGAGCUUAAGAUCCGGCCCAGUGAGCCUGGAGCCGGCCGGGCCAGGAGGAGGACCCCCACCUGUGAGCCUGAGACCCCCUUAUGUUGCCGGCGAGACCAUUAUGUGGACUUCCAGGAACUGGGAUGGCGGGACUGGAUCCUGCAGCCCGAGGGGUACCAGCUAAAUUACUGCAGCGGACAGUGCCCCCCCCACCUGGCUGGCAGCCCCGGCAUUGCUGCCUCCUUCCAUUCGGCUGUCUUCAGCCUCCUCAAGGCCAACAACCCUUGGCCCUUGGGUACUUCCUGCUGUGUCCCUACUGCCCGAAGGCCUCUGUCUCUCCUCUACCUGGACCGGGAUGGCAAUGUGGUCAAGACAGAUGUGCCCGAUAUGGUGGUGGAGGCCUGUGGCUGCAGCUAGCGAGAGGACCUGGGGAUUUGGAGUAAAGAGAUCAGUUGGGGAUUCCCAGGCAAAGGGCAUCUGUGGUGGGAGACACUGCCUGAUCCACACCCCCACCUAAUGGGUGGGGUGGCAGGAUGACCGGGGUGACCCCUAGGGGACCCAAAUGGGCACUUGUCCGUCCAGACUCUUGCCUAUUCCAGGCUGGCUGAUGUUUGGGGAGAUGGGGAAAGUGUGUUCUCUAAAGGAGUCUCCCCAGAAAGCUUGAUUUCUGACCUAAGCCCCCUGAGAAGGUGGC